AUUUGCUAGGGUUUCUCACCCACUGCUCGCUUUUGCUUCUCGUUCUCUCUCAAGCGGCGGAGGAGAUGCCGGCGGGCCAUGGAGUCCGGUCGAGGACUAGGGACCUCUUCGCCAGGCCAUUCAGGAAGAAGGGGUACAUCCCCUUGACGACCUAUCUCCGGACCUACAAGAUCGGCGACUUUGUGGAUAUCAAGGUGAACGGCGCUGUCCACAAGGGUAUGCCUCACAAGUUCUAUCAUGGACGCACUGGCAAGGUCUGGAAUGUCACCAAGCGUGCCAUCGGCGUUGAGGUUAACAAGCAGGUAGGUAACAGGAUCAUAAGGAAGAGGAUCCAUGUCCGUGUUGAGCAUGUGCUGCCUUCCAGAUGUACUGAAGAAUUCCGCGAGAGGAAGAAAAAGAAUGAUCAGUUGAAGGCUGAGGCAAAAAGUCGUGGUGAGAAAAUAAGCACCAAGCGCCAACCAGAGGGUCCGAAGCCCGGUUUCAUGGUCGAAGGGGCGACACUGGAGACCGUCACGCCCAUUCCUUAUGAUGUCGUCAAUGAUCUCAAAGGCGGUUACUAAGUUCAAAAUACUUUUAAUGUAGCAAUGGAUUCUCUAUUUGAGCUUUUAUGAUGUUUAUGAGUGUUCUUUGCAGCCAAUUUUGAUUAGCAGACUUGGUUUUGUAUGUUUUUUUUUUUCCGACUUUUUGAUUAUGAGAUGACAAUCCACUAUUUCUUGUGCUAAA